GUCCACUGCUACUCUGUAGUCUAUACGUCAACGAUUCGGCCCAAUAAACGUCAUUACAGUCCAGGCCCAAUAAACGUCAUUAAUGUUUUAUAUUCCGAAACCUAAAACCCUAAUCGGUGACGCUCAAUUGCAGCCCUAGCAUCGCCACAACAAUGGGUGCUUAUACGUAUGUUUCGGAGCUAUGGAGGAAGAAGCAGUCCGAUGUCAUGAGGUUCAUGCAGAGAGUCAGAUGCUGGGAGUACCGUCAGCUUCCUUCCAUUGUUCGGGUCACUCACCCGACCCGACCCGAUAAGGCUCGUCGUUUGGGCUACAAGGCCAAACAGGGUUAUGUUGUCUAUCGAGUGCGUGUAAGGCGUGGUGGAAGAAAGAGGCCAGUUCCCAAGGGUAUUGUGUAUGGAAAGCCAACCAACCAGGGUGUCACUCAACUCAAAUUUCAACGUAGCAAGCGGUCUGUUGCUGAAGAGCGAGCUGGCAGGAAGUUAGGUGGGCUUAAGGUUCUCAACUCUUACUGGCUCAAUGAGGACUCGACCUACAAGUACUUUGAGGUGAUCUUGGUUGACCCAGCUCAUGCUGCUAUCCGCAAUGACCCACGGAUCAACUGGAUCUGCAACCCGGUCCACAAACACAGAGAGCUUCGUGGGCUGACAUCUGCUGGCAAGAAGUACAGAGGUCUGCGUGGUAAGGGACACUUGAACCACAAGCAACGCCCCUCAAGAAGGGCAACAUGGAAGAGGAACAACACUUUGUCUCUACGUCGAUACCGUUGAUAACUUUAAGGAUUCUUCUCUGUUGGUAUUGUUGGUCUUGUCCGUUAGUUUUAAGUUUCUGGUUUUCGACUUCAGAAUGUUUUUGGUUAAUUAUUGUCGGAACCAAGCUAUGAUUUUGUCAUUUGAGAUAUUGAUGCAAUGUUAUGUUUUGUUUAUUAGUUUAAUUUAAUUGUGA